AACAAACAAAAUUUAGAUUAUGUAUAUUUUGGAAAUUCGCUACGCAAUUUGGAUGUCUAUCAACUCUCAACCCCAACUCAAAUGGCGUUUGAAAAUUAACUACCCUUGAGGAAUAUGUUAUUGAAAAAAUUCGACUAUGGGGGAGUGUUUAAUAAAACAAAACGCGUAAUGGGAUUUUUAGAAUUAUAUCACUAGAGGCGUCGUGUCCGCAAGACACCAAAACCGACUGGCGCCACCUAGACCGAGAGUCCUACCCACUCUAAAAGUAGGUACAGAAAAUUUUACCACGCGGGUUAUGAAGACUGUUCAACUCCAGUUACAACACUAUUCUAUGGAUUCACCAGACAUUAUAAUUUGCAUACUAAGCUCUACGCUCCUAACCUAAAAUAAUUUUACAAAUAAUAUGAAUAAAGUUCUGAGGUUUUGUAAAUCCUUCAACCCAUUUGUUACGAGACCGCCCAUUUCUUAUUGCCGAUGGAGCAAUUUAUCGUCUCGUGCGCCCAGUUUAAAUAUCAACACAAAAGUGUCGAGAGACGUAAUACUUUAUAAGUACGAGAAUGACAAAUUCUACAAAAUCAUGAACAUCUUCGGCCUUUGCCAGUUCGGAUUUUGGUCUUACCUGUCGGUGUUCGCCUUGAAGAACAUGAGAGAUGCCCCAGUCGACGAAAGCCGCGAGGACUUGCCGUGGUGGCGAAAAAUCAAUCUUGGGGAAAACAAAUAUCGCAAUGGGCUAGGCACCAUAGCAUUUGUAAUAGGAUGGGGGACCCUUGCAAUAACUUGGAUUUUUACUUUACGUUCGGUAAAGUACCUGAUAUUGCGCAAAGGUGGAGAUCAGUUGUCAAUUGUGACUUAUACUCCUUUGGGAAAAAAUCGGAUAUUGACUCUUGGGAUUGAUAAUGUUUCCGCCAAAGAAACAAGGGAAGCCGCAAAGGCAGUAGUGCCUAUUAAAGUUCGGGGCCAUGCUUUCCAUUAUAUGGUUGACAUGAAAGGGGAGUUCAAGCAACCAGAGCUAUUCGAUAGUACUGCUGGAUUAAAUAGACUAUGGAGUAAAUAGAAGAGAGACAGUGAAUUAAAUGAAAAAAUUCAUUGGAAGGCUUAGACCAAUCAUCUUAAGGCAUAUUUUUCAAAAUGGAACUGUUUGUAGUGUGUGGCUAUUGUUGCAAAUGUUUGAGGCCCUCAUCAACUUAAUAAAAAAAUCUACUUACAGUGGAUUAUUCAAAACAUUUGUGUGGAGAACUAAGAUUAUUUUUGAAUAAACCUCAAGCCAUGUAUGCUAAAAAAAUUGUUUGAAACCCUGGAGUACAUUUAAAAUAAAAACGCAACUGAUUUAAUAUUUGUGGGAGAUUUUUGUUGGAUUUAAAAAAUGUAAAUAAAGUCUAAAAUAAAUUAA